AUGUCGAGUGGGAAAGCAUACGAUGAGCACAGUUCAGAUGACGAUAGCCACCUCCAACCUGCGAGGAAUCGACAAAAGGAGAACGUUAAAACAAGGCUCCCAACAAAGGAAGGACACACAUUCUGGAGCGGUGCAUGGGAGAGGGCAAAGAAGGACUUCCCCAAAUGCGCGAACCUCCCAAUCAUGACCACAAGAACACGCCAUCUUCAAGUGCGCAGCGUUCAACGAGCACCAGGUCCGGACACGGUUGACCAAACUUCGAUUCGUGACGGCAACUUUGGCACUGGCGCACUCUUGACAAAGAAUAGGCUGAGCAGCCCAAUUCCGUUCGCCUGCGCCUUUGCUUGUUUCCAUGGAGAGGGGAUCUUGGCAUCUAGUGUACGAACGUCCGGUCGUGCGGAUUUCCAAGGAUGUGGGAAGGUCGUGUACAGGGCGCGCAGACGCCUGGCAGUGUACUCGUAG